GUGUAACUUGUUAUCUCAACACAUUCAAUGGUAAUCGUUUAUAAACAAUACUUGUAUUAUCGCAUUAUAUCAGUUUAAUUUAUUUGAUAGACUCAAAAUUCCACAAUAAUAUUUAGAUAUAUAAAUAUUAGUAAUAAAACGAUGUGCUCUAAAGUGUACGCGGUCGGUGUCGGUAUGACUGAGUUUGUGAAGCCCAACUCAUCGCGAGAUUACCCGGAGUUCGGCAAGGAGGCUGUGGAGAAGGCGCUAACGGACGCGGGGGUUACCUAUGACGUCAUCGAACAGGCCGUCUGCGGGUACGUGUACGGGAACUCUGCGUGCGGGCAACGCGUGCUGUAUCAGGUGGGCAUGACAGGAGUGCCGGUACAUAAUAUCAACAACCACGGUGCCACAGGCGGCACCGCGCUGCACUUCGCGCACCGCCUGGUCCAAGCCGGCGCACACGUCGUGCUGGCUCUCGGCUUCGAGAAGAUGACCGCCGGCGCCUUACCCGCCACCGCAUACCCCGACCGUACCUAUCCCGCCGAUAUACACAUCAAGAAAAUGCUCGAAAUUGUUAAAUUAGAAAAAGCACCAAUCGCCGCUCAAUGUUUCGGUAACGCGGCUAAAGAACAUAUGGAAAAAUACGGCACCACGGAGGCGCAGUUCGCUAAAAUUGCCGUCAAGAAUCAUAGAAACGGCUCCGCGAAUCCUUAUGCACUCAACAGAAAUGUGUAUACGCUAGAAGAAAUAUUGAAUUCUAAGAGAGUAUUCGGUCCGUUGACUAAGCUGCAGUGUUGUGCGAACUGCGACGGGGCGGCGGCUGUUGUGCUGAUGUCGGAGCAGGCAGUGGCUCGACACAAUUUAGCUUCAAAAGCAGUCGAGAUCGUCGGAAUCGCGCUGGCCACCGACACAAACGCCGUUUUCACGGACACGACUCGGCUGAGGAUAGCGGGAUACGAUAUGACAGCGCUAGCCGCAGAUCAGGUAUACAAGACGACCGGGAUUUCUCCCCGUGAGGUGGAUGUGGUUGAACUCCACGAUUGCUUUUCAAGCAAUGAACUGAUUACUUACGAAGCUUUACGGCUGUGCGAGGAGGGGAAAGGCGGGGCGUUCGUGGACGCAGGUCUCAACACUUACGGCGGACAGGUGGUGGUGAACCCGAGCGGUGGACUGCUCGCAAAGGGCAACCCUAUCGGCGCCACCGGGCUUGCACAGUGCGCCGAGCUCGUGUGGCAGCUGCGGGGAGAGGCGGGAGCGAGACAGGUACAAAACGCGCGUAUUGGGCUUCAACACAACCUGGGGCUAGGCGGAGCGGUUGUAGUCGCCAUCUAUCGCAAAGGCUUUGACAACAAGAAUCAACGCGACUUCUCUUCCAGUCAUCAAGAAGGCAAAAUGGCCGCGAAGGAUGGAAAAAUUCGCGCCAAAAUUUAAAUUUUAUUACAACGCCAUCUUUUGUUCAGUAGUCACCGCAAACGACUUUGUUUUUCCAUUGUUGCGUUUUAUAAAACAGAAAAAGUAAUAAA